GCCAUUUUGACGUUCUAAGCAGGGCUGGGGAGUUUUUCGAAUUCUUUUAAUAUUUUUGUUUGUUUUGUUGUUAAAAUUUAUUAAAACCCUUUUUAAAUUAUGUGUCCAGUGUUUGUGUGUGUAAAAAUCAACUGAUAUUCUGCAAUCUACUCCAAAAACCAAUUUUGUAAGCAACUAGAACAGACCAGGCACAGGAUUUUUUUCCUACAAGUAUUUAAUCAAGACACUUUUUAUUUAAUUAGUAAUUACAUAAGGAAACCUAAUCAAGUUGAAAUUAAAAGUAAAACAAGAAGCAAUAAACAAACAAAAUACAAAAAUACAUAUGUAAACAUUAAAUUGAAAACAAGUCCUCCAAAAAGUAACUUCAAGAAACCAUAAAUUCUAAAUUGGAAAGGCAAUAAAACGAAAACAUAAGCCAUGGAAGCAAUGCAAUACGAAUUAGCCCGUAACAAGACCCUAUUAUUUUUCUUCGAACGUCUUCUGGAUAAAGGUGAGCCCCGUACAUUGCACGAUUUGAGCUGCCAAUUCGGCUCUAAAGGAUUUACCAAAGAAAUGAGGCAAAUCGCUGGAGGCUCUCAAAGUGGGCUCAAAAAGUUUCUCAUUCAGUAUCCCUCGUUGUUUUGUAUGGAAGGCGAUUAUGUGACUAUUAAUACUUUCCAGCAUUGUAGCAGCAAAUAUGCAGCAGGCGGUAAAGAUUACAAUACUCAAGCAGUUGAAUAUUUUUCGGAAAAAUUGCUUCAGUAUGAAGAAGGCACCGAAGUACCUAUCAGAAGUCUUUUGGGACACAGGUCUCAAGCCUCUCCAGAAGUUCGCCACGUCUCAGGACAACACUUUCACGAGUUCAGGGAGUUUCUAGGCAAACAUCCUGAAACUUUUAUUGUUGACGAUGAAAAGGAAACUGUUGUUUUGACCAACUAUCAACAGGUUCGUGCACAAUUUCCCAACAUGGAACUACAUUUUCAUCCAGAAGUGCAAAUUGAUCCUCAAGAAACACAAACAUUGUUGGAUUUUUUAGCUCAGUGCAUUGAAGUUAAGGGUCCAAUUUUAGUUGAACAGCUCUUCCAAAUAGUCAGUUGUAAUCUUCCAGAGCGUUUGUGGUCAAACCUCUUCAAUACUCCAACCCAGCUCUCUAGUUGCCUAAGGCUGUUUUCUGAUAGUUUUCAUAUCCAAGCCAAUCUAGUUACCCUUAUACAAACUCCAAAAAUUAAUCAAAAACAUAUCAUCGCCCAGGUGGAUUUGAUUAAAGAGAACAAAGCAAGAGAACGUGAAUUGUUAAAUAAUGAAGAAAUGAAAAAUGCUAAAAAUCUGUCUAAUAAUAAUUUACCAGAAAAGGUGCAAGUUGAAACUAAAAUCCCUGCUGCUACACAUAUUGAAAAAGUUGAAAAAAGUCCGUCUCCGGUCCAAAAUACACCGCCUAGUCCUCGAUCAAUAAGCGACAGAUUAAAACAACCAAAAUUGCAACAAAAACAAGCCGAAGCUCAGCAAAAAUCUCUUAGUCCAGAACCACCUGUGACAAUUCAAAACGAAGACAAAAAAUCUGUCAAUUUUAGAAUAGGCAAACAGCAGCAACAAGAACCUGAAGUGGCGAUAAAAGAUGAAGCGCAGGGUCCAAAUACAGUACCAUUGGGAAAACCUGUCAAUUAUAAUCAGAGCUUGAAACAAAGGAUUAAUAAUUUGGUUUUGAAGACGUUGCAGGAGAAUACAGGAAGGGAUCGUCAAACAAUGUUAAACCAACAACUGUACAGUGACAGUUGGAAAACCAACCUAUUUCAAAACACUAGAGUAAUUUGCAGCACCAGAGAGUGUCAAAUGGUCAUUGACGAGAUUAUGAAUAAAAAAUUUAACAAGCCUCGAAAUUCUUCCCAAAACUCUAACAACUGGCCUUUCACAGAAGACAAAGUGAUCAUUGGAUUCGACUGUGAAGGCAUAAAUCUUGGUGUAAAAGGCCAGUUGACACUCCUACAAAUAGCCACCAUGUCGGGUUUUGCUUACGUGUUCGAUUUAAUAACUUGUCCGCAAAUGAUCGAGUCUGGCCUAAGACAAAUCUUGGAAAGCCCUGAAGUUAUAAAAAUUGUUCACGAUUGCCGUAACGAUUCAGUGAAUCUCCACCGACAAUUUUCCAUAGUGUUGAAUUGUGUUUUUGAUACCCAAGCUGCGCAUGCUGUGCUUACCUUUCAAAAUACUGGCAGACCAGUUUACAAGGCUAAAAGUGUAGCUUUAAAUGCUUUAUGUGAAGCUUAUGGUGGCCCUGUUAAUCCCAUGAAGGAUCAAUUGAAAAAUAUUUACCGGAGAGACCAGAAAUAUUGGUCAAGAAGACCUUUGACUAGAGAAAUGAUUUUAUACGCUUCAGCUGAUGUUUUGAGUUUAGUUAGUGAUAAAAUAUAUUUUCCAAUGGUAAAUGCAAUUAAAGAAGAAAAUAGGAUUUUAUUGAUGGAGCUAUGUGAGGAGCAAGUGUACUUGAAUAUUAACCAGGACGAUGUAAAAUUGAAGAAAAGGCAAAGGAAAACGGAAACUGAAGUUAAGGAACUCAGGGCUAAGCUGGCUCAAGCUGCUAAGAGUGUUGUGCUUAGCAACAGAGAGGUCAGGUUGCUCAGGUAUAUUGAGUUGACUGAUGAGGAAAAGGAUAAACUAAAGUCUUCAGCAAAAGUGGCCAAAAAACUCGAAAAACUCGAAAGUCUAGGACAGGAAAAAGAUAAUGACAGUUCAGAUGAUGAAGGUGAGAAUGAUGAUGGUUAUCCUAGUUUUGAUAGUGAUAUGACCUCGCCUAGAAAUUCUGAGCCUACUAGUUUAACUGAAUCUAUGCAAAUGGUAGAUUCUAUUUUAAACGACAAUAAAAUCAAUAGACUGGAUAAAAUUGAUAAGUUAGAGUCCAUUCUAAGUACUGCCGUUCUCCUACCAACUGAAAUUGACGCCGUUGCCAAACCAUGUAAUUGUAACUGCCACAUAAACAAAAUGAAUGGUAUAAAAGAAAAGAUUUUGACGCCUGCAAGCCAAUAUGUGAGUAGUGUAAAGAAUGAGAGUGAUAUAAUAGCACCAAAAGAGAACCACUUAAAUAUGGGUACUCAAACGCUUAGCACUGGCGAAGUAGUGGUGACCAAGAUUUUUUUCAACGAAACGACUGAAUAGAGAUAAUCAGGUUGUGGAGUGCAUUUCAAUUGUGAUUUGAGGUAACUUUAGAUAAUGGGAACAAAGAAAAAAAAAGAGUAAGAUAAAGGUGAUUUUAUUGAAUCUAAAUUUAAGAUGAUUUUAUUUAUUAUUGUAACCAUUUGAGAGCAAUAAUUUUUAAAUUUAAACUAUUGACUGACAAUUUUAACUGUUUUGUCCAUUUUAUUAGCGUUUUAUUGUUCACUUUUUAUUAUCGAUUGUCCCUUUUUGUUGAUGUUAAUUGGUUUUAAAUUUUAAAAAAUGUAUUUGAGUCUCUAAUACACAGCUCUAAGAAAUUAACAAACCAGCACGUUGUACUGACAAGAAAUAAUUUAUGGUGCAUCAAUUUCUUGAAGCUGUUAUAUUUGCCUUUGUAGUAUAGAUUAUAAUUAGUAAAAAUAUAUGUUAUUUUAAUGCUCAAUAACUUAGGUAGGUUGCAACAAAAAUAUUUAAGAAAAUACACUCAAUGGCCUUAACUGAAACUAAGUGCAUUAGAAGAAAAUCUAAAUUAUUAGAUUGUAAGUCUUAAUAAAGGCUAGUUUUUUUAAUAAAGCUGGCUUGAAGCAAUCAAAAUAAGAAUACAUAGUUAUUUUUUAUAAUUAUGGCCUAAUUUAUUAAGCCUUAUUAAAAAAACUAGACUUUCUCUACUCUAAAACCUCAUAUUGCUAGUUUUUGUGGUCCUCUUUUUUUUAAUAAUUCUGGAACAAAAGACAGCACUGUGCCUUAACAAAUUCUUCUCAGGAACACAAAAGUUAGCAAAAUUUACAUUAGGUUAGCUAAUUCUAGUACGGUGGCCCAAAAAUAAUCUUGCAACAGUACUUACAUUGACUUGGGUCACUGGCUGUUGAAAAUAUUUUGAGACUAUUAUUUAGGUUUGUAACGAAACUUUUCUGUUGAAGACGAAGACCUUUCAUAAUUUCUAGCAAAUUAUUAAAUUUGUCGCCAUAUUUUAUUAUCAUAUUAAUACAUAAUGUUUUUUUUCUAACCGUGAUAUGUGGUCUAUAUAAUUAAUUAUUAAUAACAAAUUAUUGUCAAUACAAAACUUAUUAAUUUAUAUUAUAUUUAUUAGGUCUUUGUGUCUUAAAAAAUAUUGUUUAAGACAACAGAAGGCCAUAACAAUUGUUAUGUAACUCUAUAUUAUAAGCAAUAUUUGUGUAUUGGUAAUAUACAUAUUAUGUUUGCUGGGAAAUGGGUUUUAAUGUUAUAUUUUGUUAAUAUUUUUUUCCAAAAUAAAAUUAUUAUUGAACUUCAA